AGCUGUUUAUAUCGGUGGUUGUUCGUGGCUGAAGCGCUUUUCGAGCAGACUUUUUCUCAGUUUAAGUGAUAGUACUGCAUCAUUCGCAGCUCUUUUAUGUUUGUUGUAGCUGCUCAGAAUGGGAAAAGCAGAUUUUCUCUCACCAAAGGCAAUAGCCAACCGGAUCAAAUCCAAAGGUCUCCAGAAGUUGAGGUGGUACUGUCAGAUGUGUCAAAAACAAUGUCGAGAUGAGAACGGUUUCAAAUGUCACUGCAUGUCAGAGUCCCACCAGAGGCAGCUGCUGCUGGCUUCAGAGGACCCCAACAAGUUCAUGGACUAUUUCUCUGAUGAGUUCAAAAGCGACUUCGUGGAGCUGCUCAGGAGACGUUUCGGGACCAAACGAGUGCACAACAACAUUGUCUACAACGAAUACAUCAGCGACCGAGAGCACGUCCACAUGAACUCCACCCAGUGGGAGACUCUCACUGACUUCACCAAGUGGCUGGGCAGAGAAGGUUUGUGUAAGGUCGACGAGACCCCUAAAGGCUGGUACAUCCAGUACAUCGACCGCGACCCCGAGACCAUCCGCCGGCAAGAGGAGCAGGCGAGGAAGAAGAAGCAGGAGCUGGACGACGAAGAGCGGAGCGCCAGGUUCAUCGAGGAGCAGGUCCGCAGAGGCCGCGAUGGCAAGGAGACCGACGAGACUCCAGUUUACACAGAGCUGAAACGCGAGAGUGAAGAAGAAAAAGUUGCUUUCAACCUGGGCGCCUCUGCAUGUGUAGCCGGUCCUUCCAAAUCCAGUUCUUCUCUGGGUGCUAGCGCUCUCAAAGCAGCAGCAGCAUCAUCAUCAUCGUCCACAAAGAGGAAAGACACGUCCUCCAGUUUAGACUCAAGGGCGGAGAAGAAGAAGAAAUCCGCUCUGGAGGAGAUCAUGGAGAUGGAGGAGCAGAAGAAGAAGAAGCAGCAGGCGGUCAGAACAGAUUACUGGAUGCAGCCCAACAUCGUGGUCAAAGUUGUCACCAAGAGGCUGGGAGAGAAGUACCACAAGAAGAAGGCUGUCGUCACGGAGGUGCGAGACAAAUAUGCAGCGGUGGUGAAGAUGAUCGACUCCGGAGACAAACUGAAAUUGGACCAGAAUCACGUAGAGACAGUCAUACCUGCACCAGGUAAACGGGUCCUGAUCCUGAACGGACCGCACAGAGACACCGAGGCGCUGCUGGAGGGAAUAAACGAGAAAAACUUCAGCGCUACGCUCACGCUCGACUCGGGUAAUCAGAAAGGGAAGAGAGUGGACGUCGCCUAUGAGGAUUUCUCCAAACUGGCCUGAACUAACAGCCUCCAGGACUGAGACUCUACUGUGUCAGAGUUUCUCCCCCAAGAUUCACCUGUACAUAUCCACACACCCCACAGAGCAGCAUUUCGACGUUCAAUUUCUUUUUUAUUUUGUAUUGACUGAUGUUCAAGUUGAUCUUUACAUUGCAGAUGUACAUUUUCUCCAAAUAAAUUCAACAAAGCUGA